UUCGCGAGUGAAAGUGUGUCGGGGCUAUGUGUUGGUGUGCACACGGCGGGCAUCGGUAUUCCGAUGACUAAAGCACGAGCUCGUGGCGUGCAGUAACGUGUCGUCGAGUUGGAGCAGGAACGAUAAAGCCGCCGACAAGCGUGUACACUCGCUCCGAGGUGUACACACGUUAGUGCGGAGGAGAUACCGAGUGCGCUGCUGCUCGCGCGCGGACACAGGAUAGUCGUCGUCGUCGUCGCGCAGUCGGUCGCACGUGUGCCGCCACCGCCUUGCCGCAUCGCCGCAGGUGCAGCAUCAGGAGCAGGACUGCCGUGCGCCGCACGCACACACGGACGAUCGAGAGAGUCGCUAGCAGCCAGCAGGCGAGGAAGAUGGAGGCUGGGCGACCGAGCGCGAGGCUCUGCCACAUCGUCAAGUGGGACGACUUCGACGGGUACGGCUUCAACCUGCACGCGGAGAAGGGCAAGAGCGGCCAGUUCAUCGGCAAGGUGGACGAGGGCUCGCCGUCCGAGGCGGCUGGCUUGCGCCAGGGCGAUCGCAUCAUCGAGGUCAACGAGAUCAACAUCGCCAACGAGACGCACAAGCAGGUGGUCGAGCGCAUCAAGGCCUUCCCCAACGAGACCAAGCUGCUGGUCGUCGAUCAGGCCGCGGACGACUACUUCAAGGCCGGCAACGUACCGAUCAAGGGCACGAUGCCCGGCGUCGAGUACCUCAAGACGCCCGAGCGCCAGCCCGUCGACGAGCCCGACCAGAAGAGCAACGGCAGCAACAAGACCUCGGACACGCACUCGAUCUCGUCGAACGAGCAGCCGCAGUCGGAGAACGGCGACCACGCCAGCAUAGACACCAGGUCGAUCGACAAGCCGCAGCAGCAGACCAACGGCAGCGCUGGCACCCUGAAUUUGGCCAUGAGCGCCAAGGAGCUGAGAGCCAAGCUGGCCAUGCGCAAAAAGUACGAUCCCAAGAAGGAAUCGCUCGGUUUCAAGGACAAAUUCGACAUCGUGCAGAAGCUCUAGUGUUGUAGCCCGUAGUUCGUAGCUUGUAUAUCAGUGUGUCAUCAUCAAAUUCCUACUCCCCCGUUCUUCAUUUUGCUAAUUGCCCCGUUUUAUUUUCCUCUCUUUGGUUGUGAAUCCGCUUUAAAUCGAGCAACAAAAGAAAAGAAAAAGAGAAAUCGAGAAAUUGGACAAAACGAUCGCGUAAAUAAUUGUUAUAUACUCUUGUAUUCAUUGUUAUAUUAAUUGUAUUUUUUUCUUGUUGUACGUUGUAAAUGUAUAUAUAGGAGCCGUCAUGUCGCGCGUCGUGAAUGUAUGCUAAAUUUCCUUGUACUUAUCGUGUAUCUCUGUAUUAUCGCGCGCAGCGAUGAUUAAUAUUAUUUUUUUUUAUGAUGAUUCGGAAUCGUUUUUCUCUCUCCACUCGACCGAUAAAGCAGCUGAGCUCUGUUUACGUAUGGUCCACAAGCCUGUGGCGCCAUCGACCGUGAUGUGCGUUUAUUAGUGUCAUAGUGAUAGUAAUAGUCGCGAAGAGAGCGAGAGACUCCCGUGGGAAGCCGCACACACGCGCACGCACACACAUUUCAUGUAUUAUUAUUCGUUAUAAAACGAUAACAUGCAUUAUAAAUAAAAGAACUUACAAU